GACGUCAGAGGGCGCGUCCAAAUCAACUAAACGGGGGACGCCGCUAUGGGAGACAGUUUCCACGAGCAGCUGAUGGAGGACAGCGUCUUCCUCCGAGCCGAGCAGCGACUGGACACGGAGCUGGUGGACAAACUCAUCCUGCAGCUCAACAGAAUCUACCCUCAGAUCCUCACAGACAAGGAGGCCACCAGAUUUAGAAAUUUAGACGUACCGACAAGCGUGCGCCUGGGCGAGCUCCUGACCCAUCUGCAGGGGAAAGGCGAGGAAGCCUGCAGGGAGUUUUACCGAGCGCUUCACCUUCACGUGGAGGAGGUGUACUACAGCCUGCCCACACGGCUUCGCCUCAGAGAUGCCUCGGAUCCUCUUAUGCUUUCUCGUACUUACAAACAGAAACACAAUAUGAACGACAGAGAUCCCCUCUUCUUCCUGGGCUGUUUCAGCUUUGCUCUGGGAGUGGCUUUACUUUAUUACUACAGUGAAGCUAAAGUGUCUGGAGGCAGCCGGGCACUUGGGAUGGCGGCCCUGGGUUUGAAAAGAAAAGCUCAGGAGGUUCUUAUUUGGUACACUGACGAAGGCUUUAUGAAGUAACGAUCGACUCCUUCACAUCUGGUGCAUCAGAAUUGCUGAUACUACCAACGCACGCCUUAUCGUCUCAAUUUUGCACAGGGUGUAAAAUAUGCACGUGUGGAUUUUAUGUUUUGUUUGAAAUGUGGAAAACAAAACAAAUGUGGCACUUUUGCUUAUUUAUUUUAUACUCGUGUUUGUUGAAUGGUUAAAGGGAUGAAAUACACUUGAGGCUAAAGACGUGAUGGAGUAAGUUGGUGGAAACUGUGUAAAUAUUUAAAUGUA